CAAAUCAUAUGUUGCAAUACUUUAACAGGUUAAUGUGUGUUAAAUACUAAAUAACAGUAAUUCGAUAAUAAAUAUUGAUGAGAAGUUUUCAAUGAUCACUAUUCUCACAGGCACUCAGAUUACACCCAAAGUGACCCAAUAGCAGAUGGCCUCAGCAGAUUGCAUAGCGUUGAAUGCUCAAUAUGAAACAGCUCCAAAGGGAUUAUGGUCUUCAGUUGAUCAACAAAAUAACACUGAUUAUAACCAGAAUGAAAUUCUUGGUGGUCAUAACGAAACAGUACCCAAGCUUCACGUCACACCUCAUAUACCAUUGAAUAAUCACUUGUCUUACGGAGCAACGGAUAUUGAAGAUGAAAUUAUUAGAAAUCAUGAUGACAUCAUAGGCAAAAGAAAUUCAAGACCAAUUUGCCCAAACCAUUACGCCAAUCAAUAUGAAGAUAGCUUCACUUCAUUUGAGUUAGAUAGUGAGUUCUCCCUCCUUGAUGAUGAGGAGUCUGUGACAUCAGAAAAUGUGACGACCCCAAAGCAACCAAUAUCUGCAACUGAAGAAACUGAUCAAGAAGGAAAAGAGCAUAGAGUUGUACCUGGACAAAGUUUUCAAAUCGAAAACGCAACAGUACACAUUGGAGAUGUACACAACCACUAUUAUAAUAAUAGCAGGGGGGCUGGUGAAUCUGUUUUGGAGAAAUUAAAGAUUGAUCUUCAUAGAGAAGCGGAGGACAUUGCAUCCGGGAUUGAUCUUCCAAUUCAUACAGAUCGUGCCAUUCAUGCUGUGAAGCUGCAAGUGUCCAACAAACCAGAGAGCCCCGGUUCAAGUUUUGAGGAGGAAGGUUUUUACACGCGGAGAAAAGAUUCGGCCGCAGUUUACCAGCCCCCUGUUGGUGAUGUCGCUCUUACUCAGAUAUUUAACCAGAAGCCAGGCAACACUGGAAGCAGAAAUAUAAAAAGGAAACCUGGAAACACUAUCAUGGUCACAGGCCAAGCUGGAAUUGGAAAGACAGUGAUAACGAAGAUGAUCAUUCAGCUCCUCCUGGAUCAAACUCUUCUCCCUGAUACUCAGUUUAUCUUCAACAUCAAACUCCGGGAGGUUGAUUUUACAGUGAAGAGAAGUUUGGUAGAAACUCUUCUUCUACAUUCUGGAUGCGAGUGGGAAGACUUUAGAGAGCAUGAGAAGAUGAUAUAUGAUGUUUUACGGAAGAGUCCGGAUGUUCUUGUUGUUCUGGAUGGAUUGGAUGAAGCGGACACGGAUGAUUUCACUCAGGAGACGAGAAGAUAUGAUCCGAUGAAAGAAGAGAAAAUAUCGGGUCAUCUCAAGAAUUUGAUCCGAGGAACCUUCCUCCCAAAAGCUCGCGUCCUCAUCACUUCCAGGCCACGCGAAAGUCACCGCAUCCACCCCUCCUGUCGUCCCGAUUUAGUUCUUCGUGUGCUUGGUCUUGAUAAGUCUGCACAGGAGGAAUUAGGGCAACAGAUCUGUGGAAAGAUGUGGCCUAAAGUUCGUGAAUAUAUCGAACAAAAUCCACAAAUACGAGUAAUAUGUUACGUGCCUGUUAUGUGCAUUCUCGCAUUUCAUGCUCUGUCUUGCUGCUUAUCUAAAGGUCGCAGUGGAAGAUUAAACAGUGUGACGAGCGUCCUUGAAUUUGCUCUUAGUUGCUACAUCCGAUCCGAUCAUGUAGGGAGUGAUGUUGACCUUCGGAAGCUAUCCUUUCUUGCUUGGAGCGGAUUCUUGAAGAGAAAGAUCAUCUUCAGUGAAGAGGACUUAAGGAGCGCUGGAAUUGAAACUCGAGCGAUUCAAUCUUUCAUCUGCACAAAAGUUGGAGGUUAUUCUGGACAGCUGAGGCUUCUUAACUGUGACAAGAAGAGUUGUUUUUCUCACCUAAUUUGGCAGGAAUUUUUCACAGCGAUUCAUGCAAUGUUUGUUAUUUCUAUGGAGGAGUUCAGAGAACAUAUUCACAGAUUUAAACAUCAGAGGUGGGAAGUUGUAACACGUUGUAUGUUUGGUGUAUCAAGCAAACUUAUCUCUCCUCGUAUAUCUGGGUUAAUUGGCGACCACAAUGUAGUUGAUUUCGCUGCAAAACGAGAUUUGUUGAUGAACCUUGCAAAGAAUUCAAUGCACGCAACAUCAACAACAACAGAUGCUUCUUUGAAACUUUGUCGGAUUUUCCAAGUUUGUGAGUGGACAAGAGAAGCCUGUGAUGUCACAAUCACAACCACUGUUGCAUCACAAUUGCCCCGUAAGAUUGAGUUGGUUGGUCAUAUUCUUCCUAAUGAUGUCACAAACCUAAUGCUGGUUGUCCGGUCAAUAGAAUAUGAUGUCAUAAUAGAUAUUCGAUUCAACACAUUAUUUAUAGGUGCUGCCAUGCAUCAACUUUUUGAAGAAAUUUCAAAAUGUCCGCGAGUAAAAAUAAGGAAUUUGUAUUUGUCCCGAAACAAAAUAAAAAAUUUGGAUGCUGCAGUGUUGUCCAAAUGUUUAAAAGGAGAUGUGAAACACUUGUAUUUGGAUAGAACUGGAAUCACUGCUCUUGGAUUACGUUACAUCACUGAUGGUAUACUGCAGGGAAAUAACAAGCAAUGUUUCCAGGUGGAGGAAUUGAACUUAACUGAAGUUAAAAUUACCACUGAAAUGGCAACACUUCUUGCUGGAUGCAUUGAGAAUAUAGAAACUUUAUUUUUACUCAAAUGUAAAUUGGAUGAAACUGGAAUCAUAGCACUGGCAAACGGAAUUGCUGGAAGAAGUCAACCAAUGACAGAAGUUAACCUCCGUGGUAACAAGGUGUCAGAUGCUGCAGCUCUUUCUCUUGCUCAGUGUGUGGGAAAUAUACGGAGGUUUUACGUUCAUGAUUGCAACCUCGGUGUGGUUGGUUUACAUUAUUUGGCACGAGCAAUAAGAGAACUGGAAGUCCCGCUUCAGGAUUGGUAUGUCCACCACAAUAACUUGGGGGAUGCAGGUGCUGUACUUGUGGCAACUUGCAUGCAUAAUAUCACUGAUGAAAUUAGAAUGGAUGAGACCGGAGUUACAAAAGCUGGUUUACAAGCAUUAACUGAAGCAAGGAACAAAUUAACUCAUAAACCUGAGAUUCAUCUUGGAAAAAUUGAAGGUGUUGGCGAUGUCACACUGAAUGAUUGAUGAGGUCAUAAUGUGUUGAUUAUGCAUCAUGUGCGAUGGUUUUAUGGUUUAUUUGACACAGAGAAACGAAGCUGCAACAAAACAAUGAACGAAUACAGAACACAAUCAAUCUAACGUCUAUGUGCGUUAAAAUUUGUCCGUGACGUUUCUAGUCACUCUUGUGAACUUGGUUGUCAGCAACUCCUGGUUGUAGGAAGUCACGAAGUGUGUGGAGAGUGGGGUCGCUGAAACCAGCCAGAACCGGUUUGUUCAAGCCUGCUGUCUUCUCGUGCAAUCUGUAUAUUGCAUUGUGAAUUAACAAUGAGUGCAAUAUCAUAUUAUGUGAUGUAUAAGAUAUACAAAAACACAUGUGCGUCAUGCGUGUCUGGUGUUUUAAAAGACAUUCAUGUUAUAACCUGAUAGUGAGCAUGAGUUGUAUUGUAUGAAUACACCAUGUGUACUUUAAUCUAUUUGAAAACACAAUGUGAAAUUUUAUUUAUUUGUUAAUCAUACUCUUAAGAUUAGAUUUGUUUAUAUGUUUUGUUUAAAGUAGAUAUUUCUGUAAACUAUAAUGUAUUUUACACUGCCUAUUUAGUGUUUUAACUCAGCGAUUUUUAGUUGUUCUUUUUAUGCUCAGUGUUUUAACUAUUUCUCACAUUUCUACUUUUUGGGUACCCUUGUAGUAUUCACCAGUGAUUAUUUUCAUUGUACUUGCCAAGUUAAAAUUGUGCUGCAAACAAUAUACAUACACAAAUUCUAA